CCCGGGUGCCGCUUGACGACACGGUCCACGAAAUUCAAAAUUUAACUUCAUUCUGUUUGCAGGGACGUUGUUGCAAUGACAAUCCACAGUCUGUACAUAUAUGAUAGGCACUGUGCUUGCGUAUAUUAUCAGGAUUGGCAUAGGACGAGGCGGCCAAAACUCGCGGUCGAAGGGGGAAUAAUGCCUGCAGUUUCUCAGGCGGUCUCUGCGCAUCCAGCAGAAAUCAAUCAACCAUCCUUGUCGACCGCAGGAAGCACUCGAAACACCCUCUCCUCAGGUUCUGGCGCUGCAGCCAGUGACUCUCCUUCUCCGUUGCUGCAGACGCCAGUUUCCGCUGCUUCAGCGUUGAUGACAUCUGGUCCGAUCACUAGUACGGGCUUGUCUUUCGACGAGGAAGCAAAACUUGUAUAUGGUGUUAUACUGUCACUCCGUAAUAUGAUCAGGAAGUUGUCGGGAAGAGACGAGCAGUUUGUGAACUAUCGCACCUCUGCGUACAAGCUACACCUCUUUGAGACAAUUUCAGGGUAUAAGUUCGUCAUGCUCAGUGACCCAAAUACAGACUCUCUUCGGUUCGUCCUUCGCCAGAUAUACGUUGGCCCGUUCCUUGAAUAUGUCACUCGCAAUCCGCUCGUUAGCAUGGACUCUACAGAACGUGGAAUAGACAACGAAUACUUCCGUUCCAGUGUUGAUCGCCUUGUUCGAGGCAUGUCCAUCUUUGCUUGACCGCGAAUAUUAUCUCUAUAAAAAUACAAAAUCGGUACAAAUCUGUAUAGACUUGAGAACACGUCUUACACCGCACCCUAUUAUCUGUCCAUUUGAAUCUAGGUCGUAGAGUUAUCUGUCGCCAGCUCUUCCUGUCGCUCGAAUUGUUCUCGCAGCACACUCAUCAAGGAUGUCUUUAUCUCUCGUUCUGCUGCAGCGUCCUCUUUGUCGUCCGUCUCCCCUGCGACGGCCUCGUCAAGAGCCAACUUCGUUUCGCCCAACCUCAGCAUAUCCUCUUCUAUAGUUCCCCGUGAUAUUAGUUUCACGACAUCCACAUCACGCUUCUGCCCAAUGCGGUACGCACGGUCUUGUGCUUGGCGGUCAUUGUGCGGAUUAAAAUCUUGGUCGAAC